AUGGCAAAUUUAAAUCAAUCAUCAUCAUCAAUACAGGUUCCGAAAUUAUCGAAAUAUAUGAUAUCGUUUGGAUAUUUUUUAAUGGGUAUUAUAGUUACAGCAACAAUGUUUUUAUCAAAUAAUAACAACUUUUCAAUUGUGUCAUAUACUUUAUUAUCAGAAAUAAUAUUUGGUGUGAUUAUAUCAUUUUUGCAUAUAGGAUUUUCAAUAUUCGCAUUUCCUGGUAAUAGUAGUACUUUAGAUAAAAUAAAUAGAUCUUUAAUUGGACUUUCAAUUGGUAAUUUUGUUUUUUAUUUCCUUUUAAUUUUAUAUGGUGCUCCAUUUUUAAAGUCUAUUCAUACAACAUUCUUUUUUGGAUUUUUAUUAUCUUCAAUGUGUUGUUUACCACCAUCAAUUUUAUUAGGAUUAAAUCCUCAAAAUUGGAAAGAUUUAUUUUUUACACCAAACCAUAAUAAUAUAAUUGAUACAUGUACCACAAUUUUAGUUGUUUUUAGUAUUUUAGGUGCUUGGAUUGGUGCUUUCCCAAUUCCUUUAGAUUGGGAUAGACCUUGGCAACAAUGGCCAAUUAGUUGUGUUUUUGGUUCAAUAGUUGGUCACAUAUUUGGUUUAUUCAUUUGUUCAGUUUAUUCUUUAGUUCACAAAGAAAAGAAGAGCAUGUAA